AUGAAGGCUUGUUCUGGCACGUUGAUGAAGUGCUUGAAGACGACAAUAAAAAGAAGACCAGAGGGGAGACUCUUGCACUUAAUGUUGCACCCAGAUUUUGAACUGGUUUUGGCUUGGUAUGCAACUGGUUUAUGGACAAGAUACUUGAGCUACUAUGGAACUAGUUUUGAAUUAUCUUUGUUUCUUGCUCUGGUCAUGGUAGUGAACUUGGGGAUUAUGGAUGCAUGCUUGAGCCCACAUGACGGCAAAAAUGAUGAAGAUGAAGUAAACUCGAAGAUUGGGAUGAGCAAUCCUACUUUUCCUCCUCUUGUUCAAUUUGAAACUUCAAGUACUUUCACCAAUUUGCAUUUCCUUCGAGUGAACCAUGAGGUUGGCGGAAAAACAUUUUUAUUGUCUUUAACUUUGAGGUUGGGAGGUGUGAUUAUCGUCAACUCUGAGGUUGGGGCUUUCUUUAUGGCUUCCUUUGCUUUUGUUGUUUCUACUGAGAGUAAUUCUGUUGUUGGCACCGAUUUGAGAAUUGAUUUCUUCCUAGAACUUGAUUCCCCUGAACUGGAUGAGUCAUAUGCAAUGGUUGCGGGCGGGGAGUUUCUGGAAUCCGAGGUUGAAAAGGAUAAACACGAGGUAGCUCUUGACCUGAAGUGA